CGAACUGUUGUUCUGCACAGAGUGUCUGCACAUUGUGGAUCUGCACUUUGUGGACUAGGCGAGAGGGCCACUCGGUAUGAGCAAUUGUAUGCGCGUCUUUCGAAGGACGCAGUAUCUCGCCCAAAGCACUCCUCUGCAUUUCGCUCAUUAUUUCAUGACUCCUAUUGAUUUUGACUUGUAGAUUGAUCCCACAGGCAACGUGAGGGUUGUAACAGCUACAACUCCAGAAUGAUGAGGCCCUCUAGUAGCUGCUCGUUUCCUCUAGUACCUGUGCCACUUUUUUCGGGUACUCGGUCGGCGGGUACUCUCUUUUACAGCAGUUUUUCGAGCGCUUCUUCCACUACCACGACGAGCGUUUCGUCGAAUGUUAAGAUUUUACAUGCAAUACUCUGUUUGUUAUCGCCAUCAACUACAUUUGAAAUUGACACCUUCAUCCUGCUUCCAGCAGUGUUUAAGUGUUUUUUUAUGCAGAAAUGAUUGAUUCGGGAUUCCCUCUCACACCUUCAUGCAUCCAGCAGUGUUUAUGCAGAAACGGUUUCGCAGGGAACGAGAAGGACAGAUGGUUGCGAAGCUGAAAAGGAUACUGAAAAAGGCGAAAAAAAUAGCGUUCAAACAAGGUCAAGACGAAUUGGACCUGAAACGCAAGAACGAAAUCGGAAAGACGGAUCUGGUCUUACGUCAAAACUGUUUUUUUUCAUCGUUUCGUGUGCGUGGUUUUCUUUUCACGCGGCGUUGAGGUGUAGUUUCUGGGUCAACAUUGUUGUGUCCUGAUUACAUGAUUAGAUUGUGUCUCAUAAAAAGCAAUCACUGAUAGGUUCGCUAAUGACCAUAUCUAUAAAUAUCUAACGUUCCGAAGUGCUCCUGACCCUGAAGCUUUGGUGCGCAAGUGUGUGGAGUUUGUUCGCCCAAAGAUAAAACCCAUUCUAGGCUGUGAAAAACCGGUGCCGGAAUGCGGAAGCACGUGUAUUAUGCUUCCUUUUGGUAAGGGUCUUUGAUUUGUGUAAUUUAAUCUGUGUACUUUUAUGGUUUGUUUUUGAAAGGUUCUUCAUAGUUGGAAGAAUUUGCUUAGAGUACUAGCAUCUGUUUCGCCUCAGUAAUAGCCACCGGCGCAUUAAAGUAGUGACGUAGCAGCUGGAGUUCUUUUUACUCAUGAAAUACUAGUCCUCCAGUUCACACCUGCUCUAAUCCCAACAUGAAAACUUCCUCUGCUAGCGAAAUGAUACCAUCUAGGCGUGAGUUGUCUCAGGGGAGAAAGAUUUAUCAAAGCAAGCUGCAAGAGGCGAUGGCCAAAAAAAAAGCGUCGAAAGCUUUUAAUUAUGGACUGAACGGGAUUCUUUUUCGUAGACCUAAUCUCUACUGCGAGAACUAGGGGACGAGGUUAGUCUUUCUCGCCUAGGUUCGGAUGGCCAAGGGUUCUUCUUAGUCCUCUGCGUAGGGUCUUCUUAGUCCUCUGGGUCCACAAUGAGGGACGACAGGGGUACAUUUAAGGGCAGCGAUGGGGUUUGGUUCAUCUUAUUUUAGCGAUCAUUGAUAUUUUCCUUAGAGGUUGAUUUCUUUCUUGGAGACAUUUAUCGUCACUCUAAGAGACGUUAGCGGAGCAUCCGGCAAAGUCCUCAGCUCCAGCAAGAUCCGCAGGUGCUCACGCUGCGUAGAAGGUUACAUUUCGUAGUUUGGUAGAGGCAGUUGCAAGAAUUUCAUGUUUGGAUAGGAGGCACUACCUCACUGAAUGGCCUCACAUGUAGGCGGUGGCGUGUAGGCAGUAGGACACCAAAAACAAGUGCUAUGAGCAAGGUACCAUGACAUGGCAAGCAAGUUGGAUUCUGUGCUGUUUUUUUUGUUAUAGACCUAGCAAAAAGAACAGCAUGCAUUUUUGAAUGUUCAUUUUCAGAUUUGAUACAGAGUGCGUUCUCGAUCAUUUUCAGGUCUAAUAGAGACAGAUUACGACUGAAUGCCAGAACGAGUCUUGAUUAAGAAGGUCAGAAUGCAGGGUGGUGGCUUCCGCUCUAUUUUUGUGCUUCCAGAGCGAGUGGCUCGAGUGGAUGAUGUCAGUAU